AGAAACCCUCCAGACUCCCACGUCCCUGCUUGCCGAAUUUGCACCCAAACGACGUCGUUAUAGGACCAGUCAUUCGAAAAGAAUAGCCAAAGAAGAGCAGAAAUGGAAGAAACCCUAUCUGAGCGCGGGAAGUCAUUGGCAGCUCCGGUGAUUUUCGUGCUCGUAUUCUCUUUCCACUUUGUCUCCAAUUACAUCGAAUCCUGCAAAAAGAAGAAAGGAGUGAGUGAUGUGGAUAGUCAAUUGCGAGCAGAAAUUAAGCAACUGUUGAAGGAGGCUAGUUCUUUGUCGCAGCCUUCAACAUUUGCACAAGCUGCUAAACUAAAAAGAAUUGCAGCUGCAAAGGAGAAGGAACUUGCAAAAUAUCAAGAGAUGCACAACAAGGAUAUGAACUUUUCAUUUGGUAUAUAUGAAAAGCUUCUAAUUAUAUCAAAGGUUGUUACAUACAUUGCGCUGAUUUUAUGGUUCUGGAAAAUACCUGUGACCAGAAUAUCUGAUCAACUUGUGCAUCCUUUUGGCAAGUUGCUAUCUUGGAGAGCAGGAAAUUCUUUGGAAGACCAUGUUGUGGUUGGAAUCAUACCAUGGUUGAUAGUAUCCACCAGGGUCAGCAAAUUUAUUUGCAGGAAGGGAUAUUAGUAGCAGAAGUAGAUGAUUUGGAUUAGCCUCUUACAUCUCCAUCUCCUGUUUUAUCUAGUCAUCCAGUUCAAUUCUAGUCCAUUUGUAACUUACACAUGUUAAUCUAAUACUGCCUCGCUGUUGGAAAAUCCAUGUUGUUGUACAACAAAUUGGUUAUUUAUUCAUCGGAAAAUUGGUUAUUAACACUGCCUCGCUGUU